AACAAUGAAAACGUAAUCAUAUAAUAUAUCGUAGUCGCACAGGUAUUAUCAUACCAUCUGCGUUUAAGCGCUGAAAUUUUUAUUUGUUCGUAAGCAUAUUGCAUAUACACACACGCGCCUAUAGAACGAUAGGACGAAAAAAAAUCACAGAAAAUGUUAUACUGCUUUUCAAAAUUGUGAAAAAAUGCAUUUAUUGCAAUUGGAUACCAAUCGAAACUCUAUUUCUCAGCUCUCUUUGUAAAAUAGCCAUGAGUACUGUUCAUUGAAAUUGUUUAUAUUCACGUCACAAUUGUAAUCUCAACUGUUUUAUUUAUUUUGUUAUCAUUUCUAUCAUCUCCAACUUUAAUUUUUAAAAGUGGUUAAUUACUAACAUGCAGAAGGCGGCGGGUGCAGUUGGGGCAUCUGAUUCUGGUGGGGUAGGGGUCAGUGUAAGUAUGAGGGGGAGGGACAACAAAGAAGAAGAGGCAGAAGUCAGCGAGGGACUGAAUAAACUCAAACAUCUAGCUUCGGUGAAUGCCGCCAGAGAAUCGAACACAUGCCGAAUACAAUCAUUAGAGUCCACUUUGGGUGACAUUGAGGUGAACAUGACUGACAUGAAGGACUCCCUCAACAACGUGGAGAAAGAAAAUGUCACACUUCACCCCGAGAGGAACAAACUGCAGGAGAGACACGAGGAAGUGGUGACUCAUCUUAACCAGACCAUGCAAGAAAAGGCCAGUAAACAGAUUCUUCUGAAUGACACGAGAGACCAGCUGAGAGAAGCACAUCAAACAAUAGCAGACAUUCAAGACGACAUGGAAUUCCUCGAGGAGCAGCUUCGUGAGGAGAGGAGAGAGACUAAGAGGCAGAAGAAGGAGUUGAAGAAGGAGAUUGAGGAGACCAAGGAGAGCAUAAAGGAGCAGCAGUCUCAGAACGAGAGUGAGAAAGAUCAGCUGGACGGGUUCCGGAAGGAGUUGGAGGAGAAGAGAGAGCGACUGCAGAUCAAAACAAGGAGCACAGGGCUGAUAGAGAAGAACUGUGUGCAGCUGAGUGCGAGGGAGGAGGCGCUGGAGAGACAGCUGGAACGGGUGAGGGGGGACAAUGAGAAGAAGAGGGAGGAGAUAUCGGCCACACAGAGAAGAGAUUUCGAAAGACAGGCGGAGUACACAGUCCAGAGAGAACAACUGGAACUUCAGCUCAAACAGAUACAAGAAGAUUCACAGGGCUCGAUCGAGGAGAACGAAAGGCUGAAGAAAGGCAACGCACGACUGCACGCAGAAUUGAAGGCGUCGAAUGAGGAGAAGAAGGCGGAUGCGAAUGCGAUGCGUAGUCUGCGUGAACAGCUGAGUGAGCAGCAGGCGGAGAUGGGGGAGUUGACGGAGGAGACGGGACGACUCACUGCCGAGAACGAGGACAUGUCCAGUCACAUACAGCAGAUACAGGAGACUCACGAUUCUGCAAUGAAGGUGAAGAAUGCGGAAGCGGACACUCUGAAAGAUAAACUGCUGGACGUCCAGAACCUCAGGAAGCAGCUGCAAAGUGAACUAGACGACAUCCUUCGCCAGACGGACCGGCUCAAAGCGGAGAAUGCGAGGAACCUUAGUCUGCUGAAUAAAAAGAUCGCUGAAGGCAAGAGACAGCACGCCACUUUGACGCAAGAGGGACAGCAAUUGCAGAGUGCCAUCAGAUCCAAGGAGGGGGAGAUCAAGUCCAGCCAGGAGACACUCAGGGGAGACAAGGAGAAGUACCAGAAAUUGAGGGAGAAACUGGAGAAAGACAUCCACUUGUAUGAGAGCAGCAUAGACAAAUACACUCGAGCGAGGGAUGAGAAGAGAGCGAAGGUGGAGGAGGAGACACCCCUGUUCAUUAAACUGCAACAGGACCAUAGAGACUACACGCAGAAACACGAGCAGAACAAGAAACAACUUACUGUACUGAAGGCGCAGAAUGCCAAACUGGGCAAUGAAGUGUCGGUGGCGAAAGUACAGCUGCAACAACUCGAUACUCCCAAGAGACAGGCGGAGACGGGGAUCAAAGAAACCGGAAGGGAGACAGUGGAAGAGCUGAACAGACAGGGGAGGGAGAAGAAGAGGGUGGAGGCAGACAUCGAACAGGUGGGUGAGAAGAUAGUGUGUGUGGUGGACCAGAAUGACAGACUGAAGAGUUAUCUGGAGAGGAUGGGGAGGGAGAGGGGUCAGCUGACAGAGGACAUCAUCGACAGUGGACAGAAGAUACGACAACUGCGCAACACUUGCAUAGACAAACGAGAUGGCCUUGUGAGUGGUUGGGAUCAGUUGGCACUUCAGACUGAGGGGGCGAAUAGGAAAGACGGGGUGGUGUUGGGGGAGAUGGGCAAACAGGAGAGGGAGACGGUGGAGAGGAAGGAGCGGGUAGAGGUGGUGUCCACCCAACUGCAGACCCACAUCACGAACAUGACACUCUUCCUGACACAAGUGACCAAUCUGAGAGGUGCUGUUGAAUCUGAACAGAAAAAGAAUGAGGGAAAAAGUGAAGACCAUCUCCAACAACAAUCAGGCGAUGAUGAGGUCAACACAACGACUGAUCAAGACCACGAUGAGUCAUCAUUAAACGACCAGGCAAAGGCAGAAAAAGAGAAAACGGAAGAAGAAGAAGGAGACAAAAAAGAAGAAGAAGAAGAGAAAAAGGAAGAAGAUGAAGAAGAGAAAAAAGAAGAGGAAGAAGACGAGAAAAAGGAAGAGGAAGAAGAAGACAAAAAAGAACAGGAAGAAGACGAGAAAAAAGAGGAGACGGAAAUUGAAAUUGAAGGCGAGAGAGAAAUGUCAACAAAUGAAAGUUUAUUACGCGAAACAGAUCCUAACAACACUGAUGAAAACCUAGAUGGAAUAACUUUUACAGCUGAAGAUAUGGUCAAUUUAGAUGAAACAGAACAAAAAACUGAUCAAAUUUUGAUAGCAGAUUGAAGGUCGAUAAUUAUAUCAACUUUUUUGCUAUGAUUUGAAGAUAUGCUAGAAAAAGUAAGAGCCCUAAUAUUUA